AUGAAAGAAAACGCCUCACACCCAGUUAUUUUAGAUGAGCUUACAUUGAAGGAUAAGCACAAUUUUGAUUUCCAGACUCUUCGUAGCAGUUAUACUCUCGAACAAAGCCCACAAAGAAUAACAAAUGUUAAAAAUAUCAACAAAGAUAUCAAGUUUCCUAAGAAUUUCGUUGAACCUGUUAAGCCCUCGUCGCCCAUAUUCUGACCGUCAUUGCCAAGAGAAGUCAGAAGCAGAGAAAGUUCACCACAGAAAAGUCGGAAUAGACCUACUGAAUUUAUGAAAUAUUUAUCAAUGAUGAAUGAAAUUAAACCAGUCAAAGAAAGGUUUACUUCCCUACAAGUUUCAAGGAAGUCUCGGCAUCUCCAAACCAGGAUUUUAAAGAAGGUUUGUGGCAUCAAUCCUCUUGAGAGUAAGACCAAAUUGAAUAAGUUUAACUACAUCACUAAUAACUUGGGGAAUAAAAACAGAAGUGCCUGGUAUAAAACUCAGUAUAACUCUAAGAUGAAUUCUAUUUCAAAUACUGCCAAGAAAGAUCCUGAUUGGAUGAAAAAGAUCAUUAAGACCAAAAGUAUCGAUGAACUAAGAGAUUCAAAUUCUCUUAUUGGUCCAAUACCUUCUAGGAAAAAUCAUUUCUAUAAGAAAAAGCCUCGUAAUAAACUGAAGAUAUAAAAUAUUGGAAAAAGCCAGCUGUUGUUAAGAAAGUUCAUAUUGAUGAUGGGUUAUUUGCUGUCAGAGGUAAGAACCUUAGGCAUGAUUUCUCCCCAAAACCUGCUGCUCAAGAAGCAUCUAAGAUCAUCAAGAAUAAUGCUAAAUAGUCCUGCACUCAUGCUGAAACCAAAAAGAGAGAUUAAAUAAAACUGUUCUAAACAUUCCAAAGUUUUACGAAAAGAAGGACAUUGAGUUCUGUUUAGAUAACUUCAAAAACUUUAUUGAUGUUAAAAUCAAAAAGCAUAAUGUUAUUGAAAAGCUACAAGGAAGCAAACCAGCUUCGUUUGGUGAAACUCAAGAGCCCACUGAAGAUUUCUGAUGAAGCAUCCAAGAGAGUAAUGAGCAAGAAUUCCAAACAAUUUAUAACAAACAGUCACACGAGAAGCCGUCCAAUUUGAAAGUUUCAGCUAAUUCCUCGGGCAUUGACUUAAGAAAGGAGAUUUUACGGCAGUCAGAAUCAAUGAAGAUUAAUAUCGAGAAUAACGAACCCAAGCAGUCUAAGGAAAGUCGUUUGAAUAAAGACCUUGAUAUUAUUUGAUCCUCUCCUGGUGGGAAAGUGAUUGAAGAGAGCAAGGAAAACAAAUUUUACAUGAAUUAUGCAGGAAUCCAACCUUUCGUGGUCACAAUAAACCACUCUCCUCUUAGCUCAGGGAAUCUAGAAGCGGCCUGCGAUCAAAAGGAUAGCGAGAAAGCCAAGCCUAAGAGUCGGUGUGAAUGAGUCGAUCCAGAUUUUUGAACUUGUAAAUAUAAGCAAGAUGCGGUUACUAAGACAUUAAAUACAAAUGUUAAAGAACAAAGGAAGGUUUUGAGGCUCAAAAAGCCUGAGAUUAAUAUAUGAGAGAAAAUGCUGUGAGUUCCGUUUCAGAAUAGUGAUAGUUCAAGAAUUACCAGUCCUAAUUCAUUUAAAGGACGCAAGCUUAACCAAGCUCACAGGUUAAACACUAAGAAUCAGAAGAUACAUCCAUUGAGUCCUAACAGUAGCUAUCGUAAUACAAAGAGCACGAUUCGGGAGCCUAAUUUUCAUGAUCUUUUCUCUCUCCAUUUUCCCAUUGACAAGGAUUCUGAUUUCAAGAAGAUCCGUGAAAAGACAGAGAAGCUCUUGUUUCCCAAAGACCUGAGUCUUUAAUAUAUUUUCAACUUA